AUGAACGGUCUUUCAACUUCUUCAAAUAAAAAACGAUCAAGAGUCGUUACUUGCAGGAACAUUAAUAAUAUAGGGACGAAUUUAAAGAGGAGGUUUGAUAACGUUGUUGGUGAUUUUGGUUCUACUUCUUCAAAAAAUUCAACAGAACCAACUCCUCAAAUUAAUGAACUUUUUGAAGAUGACAGUGAAGAGGAUAAUAUGCACGAUGAUUCUUCAGAGAGUUGGAGCUCAGAUCACAGUAUGGUUAUGGAAGAAGAUGAAGAUGAUAUGGACACUGAUAUUGUAUCUGUCAAUGCCCUAGCAACAGGAGAUUGUUACGACAUAGGCGAUCCAGUGUUUGAAUGUCCAAAAUGUUGUGCAAAAAUGUGGUAUUUAGAAAGGAAGAACAAAUAUCGACAAUCUCUAAAUCCCAAGUUCACAAUGUGUUGCGGAGAUGGUAAAGUUCAAAUUCCUCUAUUGAGAGAACCUCCGGAAAUUUUGCAAAAAUUGUUGUUUGAUCAAACAAGCCCUGAAUCAAAAAAAAUUCAACAGCAAAUACGCCUUUUCAAUAUGAUGUUUGCAUUUACUUCUCCGGGUGCUAAAAUGGACAACCGCUUUAACAAUGGUAGAAGUCCUCCGAAUUAUAGAAUUCAAGGACAAUCAUGUCAUCGUAUAGGUAGCAUGUUACCAUUACCAGGACAAAAUCCCCGAUUUGCACAGCUAUAUAUAUUUGAUACAGAACAUGAGAUACAUCAUAGAGUAAAAGGAUUCAAAACAAAAGACGGAAUAGAUGUUAACAUAGUGAAAAAACUCUCUUCUAUGUUAUAUCAACACAAUGUUCAUGCACAAAGUUUUAAGAUGGCAAGGGAUAUUCUUUCUGAAGACAAUGUUUCUGACCUAAAGCUUCGUCUUAUUUCUGAGCGAAGAACCGAUGGAAGAAUCUACAAUCAACCAACUGUUUCAGAAGUUGCUGCUCUAAUUGUUGGUGACGUCAACACUGCUGAGAAGAGGGACAUAAUAAUGCACAAACAAUCUGGACAACUUCAAAGAAUAGAUGAAUAUCAUACAUCAUAUUUGGGAUUUCAAUAUCCAUUGCUUUUCCCUUAUGGCGAAGAUGGUUACAGGCCUAACAUUAGACAUCGAAAUAAAGAUUCACAUAAUAGACCUAAUUCAGAUUCAUCGGAUGUAGUAGUAGACACUGAGGAUGUUCAGUGGGAGCAGGCAACUAAAAUAAAUAGGCUUACAAUUAGAGAGUGGUUUGCAUUUUGUAUUCAAGACAGAAAGAAUGAGGCCCAAACAAUUCUCAGAUCAAGAAGGCUAUUUCAACAGUUUUUGGUUGAUGGUUUUACAAUGAUGGAAUCUGAGAGACUUCGAUGGUUAAGAAAAAAUCAGUCUAAACUUCGAGUUGGAAAGUAUAGCUAUCUAACAGAUGCCAGAAGCAAUGGUCAGACCGAUGGUGCAAACACAGGUAAAAGGGUUGUCCUUCCUUCAUCGUACGUUGGUAGUCGCAGAUACAUGGAUCAACUCUACUUUGAUGGAAUGGCAAUUCGUAGUUAUGUUGGAUUUCCUGAUCUAUUUAUAACGUUUACGUGCAAUCCCAACUGGCCAGAAUUGCAACGUGUACUUGCUUCUAAUAAUCUUAAACCAUCAGAUCGUCCGGACCUCAUUACAAGAAUAUUUAAGAUGAAAUUCGAUGAGCUACUGUCAGAUUUGACAAAAAAAGUAUGA